AAAUAGUUGUAACGCACACCCAGCCCAAUGGGUCCGGUGAUCUGAAUUAAGGAGGUGUGUUGUGUGCACCACAGAACAUUGUCAUGCAGAUGCAGAGGUAGAGGCAGAUGCAGAUGCAGGCGGCGCGGCCCCGCGUUGGUGUCCGUCCUCGCGGUGGCAUUCGGCCGUUUCCACUGCCCACCUUGAGCUUCAACAACAACUCCAACAGGAGUGCGUGUGCGUGUGCGUGUGCGGUGUCGGUGUCGGACUCUGAGCUUGCGGCGCGCGGGUUCGCGGUGCGGCGCAGCUCGACGGGGCUGGACGUGGGGGCGCUGAACGAGGUGUUCGCGCGGGUGGGGUUCCCGCGGCGGCAGGAGGAGCGGCUGCGGCGAGCGCUGGAGCACAGCGAGGUGGUGUGGCUGGAGGACUCGGCGUCGUCGUCGGCGGGGCGGCCGGUGGCGUUCGCGCGCGCGGCGGGGGACGGCGUGUUCAACGCGGUGGUCUGGGACGUGGUGGUGGAGCCGUCGUGCCAGGGCCUCGGCCUCGGCCGCGCCGUCAUGGAGCGCCUCGUCGCCGACCUGCGAGGCAAGGGCGUCUCCAACAUCGCGCUCUACGCCGAGCCCCGCGUCGUGGGAUUCUACCGCCUCCUCGGCUUCGCCAUGGACCCCGACGCCAUCAGGGGCAUGGCCUUCUACCGCUCAAGGCAACAAAUACAAAACACCUCCUCCUAGCUCCUUUUCUAUCUUCUUCUUCUCCGAUCAAUAUAUCCAAAACACAUAUUGGAUUGCAUAUUAAUUUGCAUGUGUAUGUAUGUAUAUUCAAGCUGAUUAUUAUUGUCUAGACACACACACACACAUGCAGAGUGAAAUCAACUCAUCAAAUACAUAUGUAGUUGCAGCUGAUUGCAACCAGUAAUCCAUUCCAUUCAUCACACUUGCUAAUUACACUUCAUUCUUGUUUUA